AUGGCGAUGGGCGCCGAGGCCGGCGGCGGCGGCGCGCGGCGGCGCGGGUGCGCGUGCGCCAAGGCGGACUUCUUCCCGGAGGAGUCGUUCUCGAGCUGGGCGGCGUACGGGCGCGCGCUGCGGAGCACGGGGCCGCGGCUGGCGGACCGCCUCACGUCGCGCUCCCUGGAGGCCACGGAGCUGCACGAGGUGCGCGCGCGGAGCGGCGCCGACAUGAAGCGCGACCUCACCUGGUGGGACCUGGCCUGGUUCGGCGUGGGCGCCGUCAUCGGCGCCGGCAUCUUCGUGCUCACGGGGCAGGAGGCCAAGGAGGUGGCCGGCCCCGCCGUCGUCGUCUCCUACGUCGUCUCCGGCGUCUCCGCCAUGCUCUCCGUCUUCUGCUACACCGAGUUCGCCGUCGAGAUACCCGUCGCAGGCGGUUCGUUCGCGUACCUCCGGGUGGAGCUGGGCGACUUCAUGGCGUUCGUGGCGGCGGGCAACAUCCUCCUCGAGUACUGCAUCGGCGGCGCGGCGGUGGCGCGCGCCUGGACCUCCUACUUCGCCACGCUGCUCAACCACCAGCCCGGCGACUUCCGCAUCCACGCCCCCGCCCUCUCCCCCCACUACUCCGAGCUCGACCCCAUCGCCGUCGUGGUCAUCACGCUCAUCUGCGCCCUCGCCGUCCUCAGCACCAAGGGCUCCUCUCGCUUCAACUACCUCCUCUCCAUCCUCCACCUCGCCGUCAUCGCCUUCAUCAUCGUCGCCGGCCUCACCAAGGCCGACACGUCCAACAUGCGCGACUUCACGCCCUUCGGCACCCGCGGCAUCUUCGCCGCCUCAGCCGUCCUCUUCUUCGCCUACAUCGGCUUCGACGCCGUCAGCACCAUGGCCGAGGAGACCAGGAACCCCGCCCGCGACAUCCCCAUCGGCCUCGUGGGGUCCAUGGCCGUCACCACCGCGCUGUACUGCGUGCUCGCCGUCACGCUGUGCCUCAUGCAGCCCUACGGCGCCAUCGACAAGGACGCGCCCUUCUCCGUCGCCUUCGCCGACCGGGGCAUGGACUGGGCCAAGUACGUCGUCGCCUUCGGCGCGCUCAAGGGGAUGACCACCGUGCUGCUCGUCAGCGCCGUCGGCCAGGCGCGCUACCUCACGCACAUCGCCCGCACGCACAUGAUGCCGCCCUGGCUCGCGCAGGUGCACCCCAGGACCGGCACGCCCGUCAACGCCACCGUCGUCAUGCUCCUCGCCACCGCCGCCAUCGCCUUCUUCACCGACCUCGGCAUCCUCGCCAACCUCCUCUCCAUCUCCACGCUCUUCAUCUUCAUGCUCGUCGCCGUCGCGCUGCUCGUCCGCCGCUACUACGUCACCGGCGAGACCACCGCCGCCGACCGCAACAAGCUCGUGGCCUGCAUCGCCGCCAUCCUGGCCACGUCCGUGGCGACGGCCACGUGCUGGGGCCUGAACGUGGACGGGUGGGUGCCGUACGCGGUGACGGUGCCGGCGUGGCUGGCGUCGACGGUGUGCCUGUGGGCGCUGGUGCCGCAGGCGAGGACGCCCAAGCUGUGGGGGGCGCCGCUGGUGCCGUGGCUGCCGUCGGCGUCCAUCGCCAUCAACAUCUUCCUGCUGGGCUCCAUCGACGCCAAGUCGUUCGAGAGGUUCGGGAUAUGGAGCGCCGCGCUGCUCGUCUACUACCUCUUCGUCGGCCUGCACGCCUCCUACGACGAGGCCAAGGCGAUCGCCGCGGAGGCCCGCGCCGGCAAGGUGGAGGACGGGGACGCUGGGCAGAUGGCGCCGCCGACCAACGGCAAGUGA